GGUGCCACCGGCGCGGGGCGGGAGCGCGGCCGCGGGGACCCCGUCGGGCAGCGCAGGCCCUCGGUCCCCCGCGCGGCCUACUUAAUCGUGACCGUUGUUGGGAGGGCCUAACCUCCGGCCGGUGUGUGAGAGCGGUGACACUGCCCGUCACUGAGCGGGAGCCGAGCCCACAGUGGGAGAAUUCAAGGGAUGUGACGCGGCGAUCGAACCGACAGGGCCGAGCGGCACCUCUCCGGACUCAGCAUGCUACCACGUAAGGGUCAUUCAUCUAAACAAGGUAACUUAGCAGUCACUGCAGUUGCUUUACAAGAUCACAUUUUACAUGACCUUCAGCUUCGAAAUCUUUCAAUAGCUGAUCCUUCCAAGACAAAGGCACAACAGAGAGACACCAGAUCCAAGCCUCUAAAAAGAAAUACAAAAGCAGUAACAGAUACUGGGCUUAAAACAACGGUACCAGGCCCGAAAGUGGAAGAUCCAGAAAGAGAGUAUGUUCUUGAUCCAAAACCACCACCCUUAACUUUAGCAUUUAUGAUUUCAGAGGACCUCAGUUAUCUUGUGCGUCCCAGAGGGAGGCAUUGUACCCAUUUAAUAGAUGAGGGCACAAGCAAGUCAAGUGACCCACACCAGCGUGACUCAGGAAGUAUGUUCAAGGUGCUGCUUUCAUGUUCCCAUGUGUUUCACAGAGCAUGCCUCCAGGCUUUUGAAAAAUUCGCAAAUAAAAAAACCUGCCCCCUCUGUAGAAAGAACCAGUACCAAACCAGAGUGAUUCACGACGGAGCGCGGCUGUUCAAAGUAAAGUGUGCGACAAGGAUCCAGGCCUCCUGGAGGGGACACGUGGUGAGGAAGUGGUACCGAGACCUGAGGAGGACAGUGCCGCCCACGGACGCCAAGUUGAGGAGAAAAUUCUUUGAAGGAAAGUUCGCAGAAAUCAGCCGCCGCAUACUGUGCUCCUACAACACAAACGUAGAAGAGCUGUUUUCGGAAAUCGACCGCUGCCUGGCCAUAAACCGAAGUGUUCUUCAGCAGCUGGAGGACAGGUGUGGCCACGAGCUCACAGACGGAGACUGGGAGAAGAUCCAGAUCCAGGCUCUGCACCGGGAGACCCAUGAGUGUCCCAUCUGUCUCACCCCACUCCCCACCAGCGCUGACUGUCGCCAGGCCCCGGUGGAGAUGCUCUGCGGCCAGCCUUCCCGAGAGAUGGUCCUCCUGUCCUGCUCACAUGUGUUUCACCACACGUGUCUCCUGGCCCUGGAGGAGUUCUCCCUGGGAGACAGCUCUCCUUUCCAUGCCUGCCCCCUCUGCCGCUCUUGCUAUCAAAAGAAAAUUCUGGAAUGUUGAAUUCAUAGUCAGGGAAAACUAUCAUUCCUGGGGGGGACGUUUACCUUAAUUUUGGAUAAACUGUAUGGGUUUGGGGUUAAGUGCUAUGGUGUAAUCUGUUCUCCAAUGAAACGUGUUUUUACUAGCUGUAUGUAGGAACCCUAAAUAUAUUUCUAAAGCUGACAAGCUACCCAGUUUUGGUCUUUAGUCUAUAAACAUUUCAAGCUGAUAAGCUUCAUCAGUUGAAGUAAGUGAGGGAUGGGUAAAAGAUCGAGUUGCAGAGGUUCUAUACUUGAGUGAUCUGCUGUGUUUCUUAGCUGAUCGGCUGGGAUUGCUCCUAGCAGCAAGACCACUCUCGUCCCUUCAUGGUCAUCUGGUUACCUGGCCUGUCUCCACGGAGUUCUGGCUGACACUGGGUCGGGCCUGCCAGGAUGGCCUGUGCACAUGGCUGCAUACACACAGCGACUGGGUGCCCAACGAGCGGGAACCUAGAAACACUCCUUACACUGUCUUAGAAACACUCCUUGCCAUUCCUAAUUCUCGUUCUGUAGUCGUUGCUUUAUUUCUGUGUGAUAAAUGACUGUUGUACUCCAGCGCUUCUGAUAUGUAAACCCAAAGCACAGAAAUAAAAUAUUCAGUGGCACUGGGCACCAGGA